AUGCGUACAUGCGUGUCCACGUCUGCUGCUGGACUGGCCGCGCAAGAACGGUCAGGCGACCAGACGACCGGGCCGGUUCUGGGCAUUCUGUUGGCGAGCGUCCCCUUUCAGAAAGCUGCGAACGGUGCCCGCCUGGAAUGCGAACGCUACCACGGAGCCAUCAGCGAGCAAUAUGUAGUGGUACGAGAAGCAGCAUGGUCGAGCCCGAUUGAAGCUAAACAAUACAUGCAUGUCGAAAAAGUUAAUAAACACACGGAGGGAAGUGACAAUCUUAAUCAACUGAAACACACAUACCCCCAUGCUGACCGGGUAAAUUAUCACACACCUAACCAGGCCUACAUCCAUUGGCCAAAUGACGCAUAUGAAUGCAAGCUGGCCUGA